AUGUACACACCAGAGAAAUAUGAGCUACCCGGAGCAUCAAUUCUUGUAACUGAUUUACAACGCACGCGCAUCACUCCGCAGGAACUUCCAUCUAUCAACUGCACAGACAAGUUCAGGCGUCCUGUUGUCAUAACGGUUAAGUUGACGGUGUUCCGCUUGAAUGAAAGGCACUUCAAACCACGUCAACUGUCUCUACAGUGGUCACCUUAG